AUGACCGGAAGAAAGGAGUACGCUAGAGCCGCUCUGGCCGAAGCUCCCAAGCAUGGGCCCGAGCCCAACGACACCUUCCCGGCCCAGGUGCCCCAACAAGCCGAGCACGACGACGCGCUCGUGAUAUCGGCCAGAAUAGUGAAUGCGCAAGUAAGAAGGAUCAUGGUCGAUACCGGGAGCUCGGCCGACAUACUCUACUUCGACGCCUUCCAAAAGCUCGGCUUGCCCGGAGAUAGCAUGAAGCCAAUCCUCUCGGCACUCACCAUAUUCACCGGUGAUUCAAUCUCACCGCUGGGGGCGAUCACUUUACCAUUGACCCUAGGAGCACCGCCGAAGUCAAAGACGGUGAUGACCACCUUCCUGGUAAUCGACCUCCCCGCUGCAUAUAACGCCAUCCUCAGCCGGCCGACCCUCAACAAAAUCAGAGCUGUCGUCUCGACCUACUACCAAACGGUGAAGUUCCUGACCCAUGCCAGGACAGGAGAGGUCGUAGGAAGUACUCGAGAAUCCAGGCGCUGCUACCUGACUGCCGUCUCGCUACACAAGAGGGCCAGGGCCGAACCACCAUUGGCGGACCCCCGAGAGGCGAAGAAGCCAGCCUCCCAUCUUGAGCCGAGAGGGUCCACUGUGGACGUGCCGUUGCAAGAAGGUCGGCCUGAGCAGAUGGUUAGGAUCGGGUCGGAGCUACCCGAACAAGAACGAAGAGAGCUCGUCGGCCUCCUACAGAAGAACACCGACGUCUUCGCUUGGUCGCCCUCGAACAUGACGGGCGUCGACCCGGGGGUAGCGCAGCACCACCUCAACAUUUCACCCGACGCCCGCCCGGUAAAACAAAAACCUAGACGGCAGGCCCCUGAUCGGCAGUUGGCUAUACGGGAAGAAGUGGGCCGACUUCUGGCGGCGGACUUCAUAGAAGAAGCCAGGUACCCACAAUGGUUAUCCAAUGUAGUCCUCGUCAAGAAAGCUAAUGGAAGAUGGAGGAUGUGCGUUGAUUACACCUGUCUCAACAAUGCAUGCCCGAAGGAUUGCUACCCCCUUCCAAAAGUCGACCAGUUGGUCGACGCCACGGCAGGACACGCCCGCCUCUCGUUCAUGGAUGCCUUCUCGGGAUACAAUCAGAUCAAAAUGGAACCCGAAGACCGAGAGCACACGGCCUUCCUCACCGAUCGAGGGGCCUACUUCUACAAUGUCAUGCCCUUCGGAUUAAAGAACGCCAGGGCUACAUACCAGAGAACAGUAAACAAGAUGUUCGCCCACCAGAUCGGGCGGAACAUGGAAGUCUACGUCGACGACAUGAUCGUCAAAAGCCAAGAGGCGGGGGCCCACCUGGCUGAUCUGGCCGAGGCGUUCGCCACGCUGCGCAGAUAUGGCAUGAGGCUUAACCCCGUGAAGUGCGCCUUCGGCGUUACGUCGGGAAAGUUCCUCGGAUUCAUCAUACACGAAAGAGGAAUCGACGCCAACCCGGAGAAAGUCCAGGCGAUAAUCAAUAUGCAGUCGCCUCGGAUGAUCAAAGACCUACAACGCCUUAAUGGGAGGCUUUGGACGAGGGAAUGCGAAGAAGCCCUCAACCAAGUGAAGCGGCACUUGGCCGACCUUCCCCGACUCGCAUCAGUCUCUCCGGGGGAGAAGCUAAGCAUCUACCUGGCUGCCUCCCAGCACGCAGUCAGCUCCGUCCUGGUCAAGGAAAAUUCUGGCGAGCAACUUCCAGUCUACUAUGUCAGCCACGUCCAGAACGGGCCCGAGGAACGAUACCCACCAAUCGAGAAGCUGGCGCUUGCGCUCGUGCUAUCUGCACGGAAGCUAUGUCCAUGCUUCCAGGCUCAUCCGGUGAAGGUCAUUACUGACCAACCGCUUCGGCAAAUUCUGUUCAAAUUUGAUGUUGCAGGACGUCUUCUCAAAUGGGCGGUGGAGCUCGGCGAGAAUGACAUACAAUACGCGCCUAGGCCCGCCAUCAAGGCCCAAUCCGUGGCCGACUUCAUCGCAGAACUAACCCAGAUCGAGGACGAAGGUCUCCAAAAACCUCCCGAGGCCUGGGUCCGGCACGUCGACGGAUCGGCCAACUCAAAGGGCGUCGGCGCGGGGCUGGUGCUGCAAGCUCCCGACGGGCGGACGUUCGAGCAUUCCCUCCACUUCGGGUUCAAGGCCACCAACAAUGAGGCAGAAUACGAGGCGCUCCUAGUAGGACUUAGGCUGGCCCUCGAGAUGCAGAGUUCCAAGGAGGCCAAUCCCCUAAAGAGAUCAACCCCAAGUUUAGAAUCUGCAAGGGUUCUAACAGUGAUCGCCAUCCGCGUCCUCACCGGCUCUCAACUAGUAGCCGAGCAACUCGGCGGAGGAUACGAGGCUCGUGACCCGACCAUGGCGAAGUACCUGGCACAGGUAAAGAACCUAGCCGCCAAGUUCCCUCAUUUUACAUUAUCUAACGUCCCAAGGGGAGAAAACGAGCGUGCCGACACGCUAGCUAAACUGGCAUCGAAGCCAGCCUCCGAAGUCCGGCCCGAGAUUGAGGAGCCACCUGCCCGCGCCAUCGAAAUCACAGUGGCGACCUCGAGUGACGUGCCUACCUCUUUGGAUACAAGAAUUGCUACGCUUCAAACGGGACGGAACUCUUCCACCCGACGAAGCGUUGGCUCGGCACCUGCGUCGCAUGCAUGCGUGGUAUCCCGAGGUGGGCGAACGGCUCUACAAGCGAUCUUUUUCAUACCCCCUCCUACGAUGCUUGGAACCCGACGAAGCUCAGACAGUCCUGGCUGA